AUGGAAUUGGGUUUUCUGUGUUUACUAUAUCUUCAAUGUUUAGGAGUGCUGGGGAGGAAGGAGUACAACACCCAAUCUGAACCAACCGAAGCUGUUAGUACUAUACACACUCCGACCGUCCUCCUAAAGACAUGCCUCCUCAAGCCCGACCAAGGCCCGUGCCGGGGUAAUAUCCGAAUGUACCACUAUGACCCUGAGAAGAAGAACUGCUCCACCUUCAGAUGGGGCGGCUGUCAGGGCAACGGGAACAGAUUCGACAAACGCAGCCAAUGUAUCAACACUUGCUUGAGCAACGCCAACAUGACUAAAGAUAUUUACAGGCCAAGAUACUGCUCUUUGACUUUUGACUACGGGUUCUGCUUCGGUGCUGUAAAGAGAUAUUACUUUGAUAGAUUUUGGAAGGUCUGUAAGGAAGCACUUUACUCUGGAUGUGGUGGGAACAAGAACAAUUUUUAUGAUUUUGAUCAGUGCGACUCAAUAUGCCGGCUAGGCAAACCACGCAGUGAGUAUUUGAGAACGCCAAAGAAGAAAGAAUCUGCUGAUGGCGUGAAGAAAUACCUGUACAUCAACCCGCCUCAAGCCACGAAGAAGCGAGGACUCCUCCAGAUCACAACCAAAACCACCACAACUACCACUAAACCGAGUACUAAAAGUACUAGGAAGACAACAGCACCUUUAAAGAUGUGUAUAUCAGGGUCAGGAGGAGAAACUCACUGUUUUGAAGAAUAA